AUGCCUUUGUUCUCUAUCCACCCACCCAACCACUCACUCUCCCACGCCAGCAAUCACAAAGAAAAUAAUCAAAAAGCAAAACCAAAUUUCCAACAAAAAAAUUUCAGAAAAACCCAUCAGAUCUACUCGGCUAAGAACAAGUUUGAUCCCAAAAUCCCUUCAUCAAUUCAAGAAUUAUCUAUGGCCAAAAAGCUUUUACUUUUCUUGGUGCUUCUUUCUGUGUCUAGUCCUGUGUUUUCCCAGUCUGAUGAGUUCACUUUUCAUGGAUUUAAGGGUGUGGGCAAGAACGUAAGUCUAAAUGGGGUUGCUGAGAUUGAACAAAAUGGAAUCUUGAGACUCACAAAUUACGCAUCUGAAGUCUUGGGCCAUGCUUUCUAUUCAAUCCCAUUUGAGUUCAAGAACUCCACAAAUGGAAAAGCCUUUUCCUUUUCAACAGCUUUUGCUUUUGCAAUAGUCCCUGAGUAUGCAAAAUUGGGCGGCCAUGGAUUUGCUUUCACUAUUGCCAAGUCAAAAGAGCUCAAGGGUGCUCUCCCAAGACAGUAUUUAGGGCUUCUGAAUGCAGAUGACAAUGGCAAUUUCUCCAACCAUCUUUUCGCAGUUGAAUUCGAUACGGUUUCAGAUUACGAUUUCAAGGAUAUUAAUGGUAACCAUGUUGGUAUUGAUAUCAAUAGUUUAGUCUCAAAUAUUUCUGUCAAUGGCUCCUGUUUUUCACUAGGUAAUUCCAUUAAGCAAGAACUAUAUCUGCAAAGUGGAAAGAUUGUUCAGGCCUGGGUUGAUUAUGAUUCAGUUAGUAAUGUAUUGAAUGUUACCCUUUCACUUUCUUCAUCAAAACCAAGUGUUCCAAUUCUGUCAUUUCCGGUGGAUCUUUCACCAAUUUUCUUGGAGUAUAUGUAUGUAGGAUUCUCUGCUUCAACUGGUAAACUUGCUAGUUCUCACUAUAUCUCUGGAUGGAGUUUCAAAAUUAAUGGGCAAGCACAAUCGCUUGAUUUAUCUUCAUUGCCCUCAGUUCCUAGAUCAAAAAAGAAUAAUCUCCCUUUAAUUUUAGUUUAUUGUUUAUCAGCAGUUGUUUCUGUGGUACUUGCAAUUGGGAUAGUCUUGUACAUGAUCAAGAAACUCACGACUAUGGAUGUGAUUGAACCCUGGGAACUUGAUAUUGGCCCGCACAGAUAUUCCUACAAAGAGCUCAAGAAAGCAACUGGUGGUUUUAAAGACGACGAGCUAAUUGGGUUCGGAGGAUUUGGCCGUGUUUACAAAGGAACUUUGCCUAACACAAAUGCCAAAGUUGCGGUGAAGCAAAUAAACAGUGGAUCGAAGCAGGGUAUGCGUGAAUUUUUAUCAGAGAUUGAGACCAUAGGACGCCUUAGGCAUAGAAACCUGGUCCAGUUACUGGGAUGGUGUCGACAUAGAAAUGAUUUAUUUCUCGUCUAUGACUUCAUGUCUAAUGGGAGCUUAGAUAAGUACAUUUUUUAUGAACCCAAGCUGAUUUUAUCUUGGGAGCAGAGGUUCAAGAUCAUCAAAGGCGUGGCUUCAGGACUGCUUUAUUUACAUGAAGAAUGGGAACAAACUGUGAUUCACCGAGACAUCAAAGCCGGCAAUGUGCUGUUGGAUUCGGAGUUAAAUGGAAGGCUAGGUGACUUUGGACUUGCCAAACUAUAUGAACAUGGAACAGAUUCAAGCACAACAAAAGUUGUAGGUACACUGGGAUAUUUAGCCCCUGAACUAACCAAGACUGGUAAGCCUACAACAAGUUCAGAUGUGUUUGCAUUUGGUGCAUUAUUGCUUGAAAUUGUGUGUGGGAGAAAGCCUAUUGAAGUAAAAGCAUUGCCUGAGGAAUUGAUUUUGGUGGAUUGGGUGUGGGACAAGUGGCAAGAAGGGUCUAUUCUUGAAGUAGUAGAUACAAGAUUAAAAGGAGAGUAUGAUGAAGGAGAAGUUGUAAUGGUUCUUAAAUUAGGACUAAUGUGUUCCAACAAUGCCCCUGCCAAAAGGCCUAGCAUGAGGCAGGUUGUGAGUUUCUUGAAAGGGGAAGUGCCAUUGCGAGAAGUCAUGGUUGUUCCUGAUGAAUAUGGUGGCAAGAAGUUUGUUAGCAGCCGGGCUACCAGCUCCGAAGCUGACAAAGUCUUGCAUUCUUAUUUAGAAUCAUCCUAUAUUGAGAAAGUUAGAUCAUGGUCAUCUGUAUAUGACUGUAAAAGGGUUGUUGAUCUUGAAGCCGGUUCAACAUCUACACUGUCAGCUUCAUUUACAGAGGAUGAAUAG